CAUCUUCGUUUCAUCAGCCCUUUUGCCUUCUCUUCCUCAUCCUCUUCUGCACUGCUCUUUAGCUUCCAAACCACUUUACUUAUCGACGACAUGGCUCUCCACACCAUCGAAAUCCAUCGCCACGGUGCUGAGGUCUUCACCGGUGACGCCCUCUGCCGCAAGAAAUCCAUCCAACUGCUUCAAGAACUGGAGCUCCCGAGGGGGCUCUUCCCCCUCGAGGACAUCCAAGAGUUCGGGUACAACCGCGCGGCUGGGUUCAUAUGGCUGAUCCAGAAGAAGAAGAAUGACCACACCUUCAAGAAGAUCAAGCGGGCGGUGUCGUACGCCCCUGAGGUGACGGCAUUCGUGGAGAAGCGCAAGAUGCACAAGAUGACGGGGGUGAAGACCAAGGAGCUACUACUGUGGCUCUCCGUCGUUGAGAUGCGCGUCGAGGAUCCCUCGACGGGGAAGAUCACCUUCAAGACCGGCACUGGGUUAUCCGACAGCUUCCCGGUGUCAGCCUUCGAGCUGGAGGAGUAGCAGGGAUGAUCAUGCCGAGCAGUACAUGAAUCACAACUUUUCCUGCAGGCCUAAAGUAGUUAUUUGGCUUCCUAAGUAUUUGGUUUCUGUCUUGUUAAGUCGUGCUUCUGUAUUAAGGACCUACAAAUUAUAUAUAUAUAUAUAUAUAUAUAUAUA